GGAUUAGUUCUCUUGCUAUCGACGGGAGGGAUAUCUUGAGAAAUAAAAAAAAAAAAAAAAAAUUUAUCAACGGGCUAAAAAAACACGUAUGCUUCACUUUUGCAGUCCCACGAAAGAUCAAAAGCAAAACCCCCUCACGAGAAAGGCCAAAACCCCCCAUUUCCAAAGUUUCAACUUCAUCAACUGUCACUGUCCACAAAUCACUCAACUCACGAUCGAUUGAUUUCUGGAACCCUAAUCUCUCCCUUCUCAUUCGGUAAAGUAAGAACAGCAUCACGAUUACCGAUAGCUGAGAGAAAUGAUCGAUGGUGAUGAUCAUGAUGCAUCCACAUCCCCACCACCACCAGAUCACCACUCCUCCGCCGCCGCCGCCGUCACACCACAAUAAUCCUCCUCCAUUCUCCUCCCCUAUUCCCCUUAGAUCACCCAAUUCCAGCACAACUCCGACUCCGACAGCUCAAUCUCACUCUCCCUCAUUCAACCACACCACCAUAUCUCUCGGCCGGGACAACUAUGUCCCACCCGGGGUUGGCCCGGUACAGUGCCAGGACUCUGCUGGUUCGGCGGUAUUGACCCGGGUUAAGCUCUCUGAUAUAUUGCCUUACGAUGGGUCUGCGGUAGGCCCUUAUGUCCGGGCUGUAGAGGCCCUCUCUGGGUCCCUCAUGAGGCACAACGCCGCCGUCAUUGAGGUUGGUUCUGACGAUGCUGCCUUGCUCAGGUGCGGGCUUGAAUCCGCCCGAUUCUACCUCCGGACCACUGCGGUUGGUGGUGGAGGAAAUGGCAACGGUGGUGGAUGGAACAAGUCUAGUCGUAGGGUGUACGUGUAUCGUCCAGGAAGGACUUCAGAAGAUAAGGAAUCCCCUCCUUGCAUGGCUGAUGUUUUUAGAUGUAUGGGAAAAGCAGCUCGAGCUGCAUUAUGUGCCAUUGCCAGACAUCUUCGUUUGAGAAGCGAUGUUUUCAAUCAUUUGCUGGAUGAUAGUCCCUUGCCUGCUAAUGAGGCUUCUUCAUCUUCGCUCAUUGCGAGCUUAUCUGGCACUCACAUGCAAAAUGGAAAAGGAUCUAUUCUUGGAGGAAAGCUAUCCUCGAACAGUGAAAUGGAAAAGGGAUUGUUGACACUCAUGUGUUCAGACUCUCCUGGGUUUCAGGUUUGUGACCCCAAUGGCCGUUGGUACAUGGCAGAUAAUGGCCUAAUCCCAGGGGAACUCUUACUGCUUACAGGCAAGGCUCUCAGCCAUGCAACGGCUGGCUUGCGGCCUGCUGCUUCAUAUCGAUUUGCAUUUGAAAACUCAUCAGGCACCUCCGGAGGUGAAAGGAUUUCACUUGCUUUUAGGCUUAUGCCUCAGCGCAAUGCCGUGCUUGAUUGUUCACCGAUUGCAGCAGCUGGGCAUGUCAUUCCCCAAAGUUAUGUGCCCAUCUCUGUGACCCAGUUCAUGGAUGAACUUUCUGUUGAAGAAGAUGUGUUACAUCAUCAGACUGAGAAUGCUUAUGUGAGCCAAGAUAAUUUGACCAGGGAACCAUCAUUGAGAAGUAUCCUCUCUGAUCCAGUAUCUGGCGCAUUUUUGGAAGAUGCUAUGCUCGUGUCAUGUGGACACUCAUUUGGCGGCACCAUGCUGAGAAGGGUUCUAGACACGUCCAGAUGUACCCUCUGCAGUGCAGAAAUUGACACUAGAUCUCUGGUACCUAAUCAUGCUUUACGAGCUGCAGCAGCCGCAGUAAAGCAGGAGGAUGAUAGAAGGCGAUUCCACAAUUCAGCUCUUCGGAAGCGCAGGAAGGAAGGCUAUAUUAGGGAAAAUGGGGAUAUUUCUUCUGAAAAUGGACAGCAUAAAGGUGUAAAAUACCCAUUCUCAGUUGAUGAGAAAGUAAUAAUAAGGGGCAACAGGAGAACACCUGAUAAAUUCGUCGGCAGAGAAGCAAUAAUCACUUCACAGUGUCUUAAUGGCUGGUUAGUCACAAAACUUACUGUGUCUUUUUCGGACAUAUGGAGCGUCCAAAUUAAAUGAAGCUUCAAAGUUUCUGAUAUUUAUGUGGCGGUGGAUUAAUGUAGUGGACUGAUCAGGACCAGAAUACUUUUGAGAUACUAACAAACAAUUGGAAUUGAGAAAUUCUAGUCUUUGUAUGAAUCAAAGGCUAACAAUAUUAAGAGAAAAUACACAUCGGCACAAUUAGCUUUGUGACUUUUUGUUGUCGCCUAAUCUAACCCUUGUUCCUCUUAAGUUUAUUUUCUACAUAGUAUGAAUGAUUUUGAAACUUAUUCCAAGUUACUGACAUGAAGCUGACUACUUUUCAAGUUUUUCAUUUGAAGAGUAUGCUUAUUUGAAAUUUUCAAUUCAGUGAGUGCAUUCACUUGUGGCUGGGUAAUGUUGAGAAAGCAGCUUGCCGCAUGCUUUGAGGAGCCAGUUUUAUAUGAAUCAGAAUGAAAUCUCAUUUUUGUUCUUUUGGUUUCUCCUCCUAAAACAACAUUGUCUGUUCUUUUUAUUUUUAAGGUACUUGCUUAAGACUAUUGAUACUGGUGAAAACAUCCGGUUACAAUAUCGUUCUCUUCGGAAGAUCCAGAAUUCACAAGAAGCCGAGGAUGGAGGCUUGUCUUUACCUGUUCGGAACAGCAGUUCGUAGACUGCGCUCUGUCAUCACCUUAAUCAACAAGAAGAUAUGUGAAGUUGCUGGAUGGAACCUUGUAAAAAAACUCUUCUGCAAGAAUAUAUAUGGUUUCCCAGAAGAAGAAAAAAGGGUUCUCUAAUAUCGGCUAUGUUUUGUUGUACACGGUCAUGGAAAACACAAAUUACUUCAGUCUCACCAACAUGAUGUGUGAAAUGUGCAUUUGUUGUUGUCUGUUGGGCAGUAUGGGCUUAGGCUUUGAUAGGAGUAUCUCAAUAUGAACACUCGAUCUGUAUUAUAUACGUACACCCUUUUUGUAUUAUAUUUUACGAUAUAUCUUGUGCUACCUUCACCCCAAACAGAAUCUCAUUUGCCAUAUUAGUUCAACAAACUUGAAGAAUUGUUUUUUUUUUUUUCGG